UCACACAGAACACGCUGUUUAACGAGCCUGUGGGGAAACGCAAUCCCGUCUUCAUUGGCCAGCGGGCGGAUUUGAUGUAACGCGCCGGCAGACGAACCCGAUGCCCUGCAGAUGGUGCCGCUCAGCUGCGCAUUCGGGCAACCGCGAGCGCAGCAGACGCAUCACCAAACCUCUCACGCGCUUACCGCUAAGCGCGCCGGACUGUGCGCUCCAGUGCGCGCUUCUUACAUAAACUAUCCGGUCGUGUCUAGGAUUGCGCGUUGACGCGUGACGUCGGCUGAUUUCAAUUAAGUUGCUGUCAUUGCGCGUGGGAACAGAACGGAGCACUAAACCGGUAAGCGUCAGAUUCGUAAGCAGUGGAUGCGUUUAUCCGCACAGAGACGCGGCGCGCUUCUCUUCGUCUUUGGAUUUGGUUUUGCACAUCACUCUCGUCCCGUACAGGAUGGGUUUCCUCGCGCUGCUGGUUCUGUGCGCUUUUACCGGUACGGUGUUCGGGGACGUUAAAUCCAGGACAUGCACGGACCUCAAACACUUCUAUAACACCAAGGGCUUCAAUGGAGACGGAGUCCCGCACACCGAAAUAUCCGGUGAGCAUCUGCGGGUGUGCGCAAAAGAUUACACCUGCUGCACGAGUGGGAUGGAGGAGAAUUUUUUAAACCUGAGCAAACGAGAGUUUGAGACUCAGGUGAGAGAGACUGGACGAACCCUCCAAGCAUCUAUCAGCAGCCAGUACAAGAGCUUUGAUGACUAUUUCAUGCAGCUUUUGAAUCGUUCUGAAGCGUCGCUCCAAAGCUCCUUCCAGACGGGGUUCGGACCUCUCUUCUCGCACGUUACCAAGGUGUUUCAGGACCUGUACUCGGAGCUGCGGAGGUACUACAAAGGGACCAAAGUCAACCUGGAGGAGGCGGUGAAUGAAUUCUGGGCCCGUCUGCUCGAGAAGCUUUUCAAAGCUUUAAAUCCUCAGUAUAGCAUUGAGGAAGAGUAUCUGGAGUGUGUAGCCAAACAGUCGGAAACACUGAAGCCUUUCGGAGACACGCCGAGAGAGAUGAAGACCAGAAUCACACGUACGGUUUUAGCUGCAAGAACUUUCCUGCAAGGUCUGGUGGUGAGCGGUGAAGCGCUCAGGAAGGUUUCACAGGUUCCUCUGAGCACUGAAUGUGUUCGUGCAGUAAUGAAGAUGACGUACUGUCCUCACUGUAGUGGUGUGGCCUCUGCUAAGCCCUGUUCAAACUACUGUAAGAACGUCAUGAAGGGCUGCCUUGCCAAUCAAGCAGAUCUGGACUCUGAGUGGAGGAACUUGGCAGAUGCCAUGCUGCAGACCGUUGAUAAACUGAGCCGACCUUACAGUGUGGACUUAGUGGUUCUGUCUUUACCCAAGCGUAUCGCUGAAGCUGUCCUCUACAUGCAAGACAACCUCAACACUUUCAACAACAAGGUGUUUCAGGCGUGUGGUUCACCUUCUCUGAGCUUCAGUUCUGAGGAUCAGAUCAAACGAGGUAGAAACACAGCCGAUGAGGUCAGCAGCACACCGGGAGCUCAACUGGAGAAACUGUUAUCUGAUGUGUCGAGGAUGUUAAGAGAUGUGAUGCAGUACUGGAUCCUUUUGCCGAGUAAACUCUGUGUGGAUCGUGAAUCUGGACCCAGUGAAGUGGACAGAUGUUGGAACGGCAUUAGUGUCAAUAGGUAUUUGCCCGAGUUGAUGGGAGACGGGUUGGCUAAUCAGAUCAAUAAUCCUGAGGUGGAGAUCGACAUCACCAAACCAGACAUGGCAGUACGCAAACAGAUCAUGCAACUGAAGAUUAUGGUCAACCGACUGAAGAAUGCCAUCAAUGGGAAUGAUGUGGACUUUCAGGACACCAGUGAUGACAUCAGCGGUUCAGGAAGUGGAAUGUGUGCCGAGAACCAGUGUUCCCAGGUUCCACAACUCACGGUCCCAAACACGGACAAACCCAAAGUCUACGCCUAUCCAUCAGAGAACAAGAAGGUGGUGAAUGGCAGAAGCAGCCAGAAUCUUCCUUGCGUCAGCCUUUAUCUUCUCUCACUGGUCACAAUCUUGCUUAGGCGAUAAUUGACAGGCAAAUCCACCAAUUAGGACUCUCUAUAGGACUGGGUUGGAUUGUGGAGGGGUGGGUUUAGUUACAUUGCCAAAACAAAAAUGCAACGGAAACUGGCCAAUGCAUCACUUUUUUGUUGUCUUGAAUACGAACACCACAGAAUGUUCUUAGACCUGUCUACGUUUUUGUUUUUUAUUUGAUAUAUGGCACCCCUAGAGCUGGUCUUCUGCUUGCCUUUGUGUCUUUUCUGUGAUGGAAAGGUGCGUAUGUCCGCUUUCAACUGAUUAUCCGACCCCAACAAAACAAGUCAUUGAUGGUGUUACAUUAUAUUUAUUUAUUAAUUAAGACCCUGGUGUUUAUAUAACAAAUGUUGGUUUUAGUGUAGACCCUUUCGGCGUGAGAACGUCUUUUAAUGAUUUUCUGAAUGGGUCCCAGAACACAAAGCACAUCUAAAAGAGUUUUUUACUUUCUCAGCUUUCUUUUUAAUAAUGAAAACAACCUCUGCAAGGUCUUGUUUGGUUUAUUGCGUAGUAUUUUCUUUGCACACUUUCUUUCCAGGGCUGUCUUAAAGUAAACACAACAUGUAUGUAUUCUGGAUGUAAAUAAACAUACUAACACAGUCACAUUUUCAAGCAUAUCUUUAAAGGCCAACAGUACUCGAGCAAUAUUUGGGGCUUACGGUAACAAACGUACACCAGCAUGUGUUAAAGGAUAGAAUGAGAGGUGUAAUUUAAUCACCAUACACAGUCAUGUGUUUUAUGUACGAGUCUGUACUGUUAUGUGCACUAGAGGUCUUCACGGGUCCACUUAGAUACGAAAACCUGAGGUCCAUCCGGAGACCCAAGCAGGUCGGGUAUAACAUAAGCGGCAUCAGGUCUCUGGUAAUUUAAAAUAAAUGUGGUUUUGCCGAACAGACCCGAACUGUCUCGCGUAACUGUGUGCAUCGAGUCCUUUUUCAACCCCUCCUUUGUUUGCCAAAAGCGCUUGCGACAUCAAGUGGCUGCCGGUAGGUUAAUUUUCUAUGAGCCAGACCUGUCAAUCAAUUUUGAGUGCAAUUUUUGUCAGAUAAUAAAUGAAAAUAAAUGGUUAAAAGCAGCGGGCCAAAUUGAUUGUGAAGGUCUGGCUGGUGUGUGCUGAACUGCAAACGGCAUACAUGUCGGUGCCUUUUACAUUCAGGUACAGUCGGGAUAAAAAAAUUGCCACUGGUUCGGGGUGGACUCGGGUCUGAUUUUUUCGGGGUUGUGUCUUUCUUACACUUUCUUUCCAAGUUAAAAAAGUAUAUAUUUGUGCACGUUGGGUUUAGGCAAAAAGUGAUUUGUGUCAUUUCGGGUCGAGUGCAUUUCUUUAGACCCGAGAAGACCUCUAAUGUCCAAGUCGAAAUGAAAGCUAAUAAUAGGAAUAUAAUGCAUAUGUGUAUUCUACAUGCUGUGUUCGUGACAUGUAAGUGUGUGUUUUAAAUACACACGGCUCUUUUGCGAGUGAAAAUAUUGUACGCACAUAUAUUGUUAAAACAGCAUUGUAACAUUAAGGCAAACAUUGCUGUAACAUUUAACAAAAGUCUGGCAGUAUUACCCAUUACAAAUGUUUAAGAAUAGAAACUUACUGUAUGCAAGCACACAAUGAAUGAAAUUUGUGUUUGACCGAGCUUUAAAGGGGCGGUCACACUACACUUUUCUUUCCAUUGAUACGCAUGCAAAUGCAUCAGACCGGAAAUUAAGAUAUUUUUGCAUAUUGCAGCGUACCAAAGUUCAUGUACUGCCUCUCUUCUAGCCCAUAUUUGCAGUAAUGUCCAAAAAAAUAUUUGCAUGCUUAAAGUCUGUAGUGUGACCGCCCCACAAGACGGGCAUCAGUGAGGUCCUUUCCUCUUUCAGUGAAAUCUCUCCAUGUUUAUAGAAGUUACAGGAAGUGAUGUCACCCAUAGGAUGUACAGUAAUGAUGUCAUUUACAGAUGGAGUGUGCAUCUGACGGGUCAUACAGAUCAUCACAUCACAACAAUCUCCUAAAACACACACAAACACACAUUUUUGUAAUGUUGCACCUUGCAUGACGCACACAGCCUCUCUUUGAUAGAUCGGUAUCGUCCACUUAGGAUUGGAGAAAUAUCCUGCAGGCAACUUUAUGGAUUGUUUGAAUGUUUGGUAAAAAUCUUUACAGAGUUAUCUGACCUGAAAUCAUUUUUAAAUUCUAGCACGUUUGUUUGCAGAUGAGUGACAGUUCCCAAGGUCAGGAAAACAGUCCCACGUUUAGGUGUAAUGCCUUAUAGUGAUAAAUAUGUCUGAUAUUUUCAAAUGGUCUCAUAGGGAUACAAUAGAAACAAUGCAUUCUGAUAUAUACUGUACUUCAUUAUUUUUGUUUGUUUGUUUUUAAAUGAACAAUAAUGGGGAGUUUGUGUUCAAGGUUUUUUAUGAGGCUGAAGAAAAUGAUUUGUCCAUGUUGUUGUAUGUUCUAUGAAAAGAUUAAGAAACCCUUGUGUCGAUUAUAAACAUCAUACGAUUUUAAAAAUG